UAAUUGAUUCAAUUCAUUUCCUCAACUACAUUUGUCUAAUAAAAGGGGACAAAUCAAAAACCUCGAAAGAGAGUAACCAACUAACCAUCUUCCCAAACAAGCUUAAUUGAGAGUAAAAGCUUAGAAAUGGAAGACAUUAAUGGCGAUGGCAAGCGUGCUAGAGAAGAUGCUGAAGAAAGGUAUUUUCCUGAUGAACUCAUUACUCAAGAAAUCCUUCCAUGGCUUCCCAUCAAAUCCUUAACUCGAUGCAAGUUAGUUUCAAAGGAAUGGAAUUCUACCAUUUCAGAACCAAAUUAUAUCCUUGAUCACUUCAAUAAAUCUGUUUUUAGUGACCCUUUUACCCCUGUUGAAUAUCUCUUUAUUCAAUCUGGUGAUUUUUUUUUCCUUUUCCAUUGUAAUAUUGAUGAAAAUACUGAUGAUGAUGAAAAUGUUGAUGAUGGUGAAAAUGUUGAUAAUGAUGAAAAUGUUGAUGAUGGUGAAAAUGAUGAAGUUGGUGAAGAAAAUUUGGUUGAAUUAAAUGUUAAUUUUGAUUAUGAAGAUCUAGAAUUUGAGGGUGAUGAAAUUGAAUUAGUUGGAUCUUCAAAUGGGUUGAUUUGUUUAAGUGGAAAAAUUGGAAGAUACUUCUAUUUAUAUAACCCUAAAACUAACCAAUCCCACAAAUUCUACCCUGGUGAUUUUGAUUAUUGGAAAUCUUAUGGGCCAAAACCCCUAACUGUUUGGGGUUUUGGGUAUGUAUCAUCAGUUGACGAUUAUAAAGUAGUCAGGAUAAUCCCACAUUUUAAUGGAGAAGUUAAUAUGGUUCAUAUUUAUUCACUUAGGUCCAACAUUUGGUCCAAACUUGAAUGGGUUUUUGAGGAACGUGUUUUAAUUACUGGUCAACCUAAAUUAGCUAACGAGACUUUGUAUUGGAUUGUUGGUAGAGGUCAAAUUCUUGCCUUUGAUUUGGCUCGGGAGACAUUCGAGUUCUUCCCUCAUUUGGGAAUAAUUGAUCGAUCUAGCAGUGCGUUAUGUGUGAUGGGAGGGUGCUUAUCCAAGUUCAGUUCAAUGUCUUUAGGUGGUGUGCUUAUUGAGAUCAUGAAACAUCCUGGAAAGCUGGUUCCUGUUCGUUUUCCAUAUAGUUUGAACCUUAGGGAUAUUAAGCAGCUGAUCGGGUUUACAAAGACUGGCGAAGUCUUUUUUACUCAUUCUAAUCCUGGGAUGCUAGGCUGGCUUGAUCUAUGGUCGAUGGAAACACAUGUAACGCUUGAUGAUCGUUUGUUUCUUGUUGAGAGUUAUGUUCCUACCGAAAGGUCACCUCAUCCUGCAGCCGAGCUGCCUAAUGAACCUGCUGAGGGGACUUGGCCAAUAUAUCCACAGUUACCACAUAUCAUGAUACUAGAAGCAGACAUAUAAUAAGACAUGAAGUUCUCCAUCGAUAUAGGAGCGUGAAGGAAGCUUAAGCAGCAUGAUGAUGGUGGCAUGAACACAUUUUGAUGGAAGAAAGUAUGGUGCUAAGAUGCAAAACUCUGAUUUAUGCUACCUCUGUUUUUGCUAGUUUAUUACUCAUAGUCUAUAUGUAACAUUUUGUUAUGCCAUGAUCCAUAAAUUGGUAAAGGAUAAUGCUACAACUUGUAACUUUUGAAAUCUGUGACUUAUGCUUAUGCCGUUGGCCUCCACUCUUUGUUAUAUUAGUAAGCUAUGAAUGUGAUGAUCACUCAAGAAAUGUAAAUUUUAUUCUGAUGUGAAUUACUAGCAGUUCAUAAUCAAGCAAGCUUCCA